AUGUGUACUCGAUUUGCAACAUUGGAAGAACGGAAAAACAGAAUCAGAGGUAGUUGUUAUCGUUGCCUAAAGGAUGGUCAUGGAAUUCGUGAAUGCAAAUCAAAUAAAAGGUGUGUGUACUGUAAUCAAUUCAAUAGACAUCAUAGAAGUCUGUGUCCUAAGAAAUAUAAACAAACAACACAAGAAGACUCACAGAUGAGUGCAACGGAGCAAAUCAAUAAUAUCUCACCGAUGGAGCAAAAUGAAGAAAAUGCUAUGUUGUCUCACGGAGAAUCUGUGUUUAUGCAGACGGCGCUAACUGAUAUUCAAAACCCAACAUCUAACGAAAGUGUCAAGACAAGAAUUCUUCUUGACUGUGGCUCUCAGAGAACAUAUAUCACACAGUCACUAGCUGACAAAUUAAGACUAAAGAAGCAGUAUGUCGAAGAGUUACAUGUGUUUACAUUUGCGAUUGAAGUUCAGCCCGGAUUGUAUCUGAUGUGUUCUAAACUCGGUUGGAUUCUAACUGGAAGGUCAUACUCAGAAAUAAAAGAGAAAGAGGAACCAAACAUGCUCAUUCUCACACACGGAAGUGUUAACAAUUCAACUAUAAACAAAGGAAUAUUCUGUGGUAUCGAUUCUUGUGAAAACUCGAUUCAAGAUCUAGAGGAUUUUUGGAACAUAGAGGCUAUAGGCAUUUGUGACAAAGACGAAAUGAAUGAUGAUGAGUUAUCAAUGAGAAAGUUUAAAAGCACACUCACCUUUCAGGAUGGUAGAUACAGUGUUACCUGGCCAUGGAAAGAAGAAAAUCCAGAUUUACCCGAAAACAAAGGACUUGCAAUUGGACGACUUAAGUCGUGUUUGAAAAGACUAGAAAACAAACCUGACCUGCUAGAAAAAUACAACAAUGUUAUAAAAGACCAACUGUCAAAAGGAGUUAUUGAGAAGGUUCAAGACUAG